GCCCGCACCGGGAGCACCCGCGGGGCCCGGGAGGUGCCGGCCCGCACCGGGAACACCCGCGGCCCUGGGCAGCCCCUCAGGCGGCGGGAGCGCGGCCGGGAGAGCCGAGAGGACGCGGGGCACCGCCGGGGUGGAUUAAACGGGCUCCGGGUGCUGCGCCCGAGGGGACCCGACCCGCCGCCUGUCGCAGGAGGCUGAGGGCGAUGGAGCCCUCCGAGGAGCGGCCCGAGCUCGUUGCGUGGUUACACGGAGUUUACCCGAACAGCGAGGAUGGGGAUACAGCGGGGUUCCUGGGUGGAGCUGCAGAUGAACGGCAACGGCAACAGCAACGACAACGGCAACGGCAAGAACGGGGGCCUGGAGCACGUCCCGUCCUCCUCCUCCAUCCACAAUGGAGACAUGGAAAAAAUCCUCCUGGAUGCCCAGCACGAGUCAGGACAGAGCAGUUCAAGAGGUAGUUCCCACUGUGACAGCCCGUCACCUCAAGAUGAUGGACAGAUAACUUUUGAUGUGGAAAUGCACACAAGUAAAGACAGUAGUUCUCAGUCCGAAGAAGAAGCAGUAGAAGGAGAGAAAGAAUUGGAAGUUUUGAAGAAAAGUGCAGGCUGGGUGUCAGACUGGUCAAGUAGGCCUGAAAACAUUCCUCCCAAGGAAUUCCAUUUCAGACAUCCUAAACGUUCAGUGUCUCUAAGUAUGAGAAAAAGUGGAGCAAUGAAAAAAGGUGGCAUUUUCUCUGCAGAAUUUCUUAAGGUUUUCAUUCCAUCUCUGUUCAUAUCUCAUGUUUUGGCUCUGGGACUAGGCAUCUACAUUGGGAAGCGCCUGACCACACCUUCAGCCAGCACUUAUUGAACCAUGGAGAGCAAACCUGGACCCCACGUGACCUGUGAAGGUGUUACUGUCUCAUUUAGUACAUUUGACUUGAGACCAUUUUAAGCAUGACCCUGACUUCACCCUUUCCUUCCAUAUCCAGGUUUUUGCUAACUCUGGAAUUCAGUAUUGUGUUGGAACUCUGUUGAGGUGUUUGGCUAUCCACAUUCUUUCCCUCUCUCCCAUUCCCCUGCCUCUUGGCCUGCAAGACACGUCAGAGUUGCUGGAUGGAGUUUACAACUGUCUCUAUGUUGCAAGGGCUUCUCUCAAUGCAAAAUGCCACCAGCAAGUUUAAUUUUAUCAGUGAUGCUGUUGCCUCCUUAGUGCAACCUGACCUCGGUUGCAGCUGUGCAUGGUCUAAGUGUUGGCUGCAUGGUGGUGAUAAAAGUCUCUUUGGAAG